AUGUCGACUACCAUUGCACUUGGAAUCGUCCUGAACGAGGUCCUGAGCUGGGGUCUGAAGCGUCUGAUUGCCCAGCCGCGCCCGACCCGCGAGCAGCACCACCACCACCAAGAAGCAUCCGCAUUGGGCAAACGCGCUGGAGGCGCCUUGCUGGGCACAUUGCAGGAAAUGAUCACGGCAGACUCGGAGGACGCGCGGACGGCGGAGGCGGUGGCAGAGGCGCAAGUCUUGUCCUCGACGCCUCAGAUUUCGACCCAGUUCACCGAGUUUGGGAUGCCAUCCAGCCAUGCGCAGUUUGCCUUCUUUGUGGCCGUCUACUUGAUCCUCUUCAUGUAUGCCUCGCGGCGGCAUCAGGCCGCCUCGUUUGCCAACCCGCACUGGCGCCACCUGAUCAGCGUCCUGCUGCUGGCUGGGGCAGCCUUGAUUGCGUUCGCACGUGUCUAUCUCUGGUAUCACACGAGUCUGCAGGUGGUUGUUGGUGCGUUUGUGGGUGCGGCAGCUGCGGCGGCGUGGCAUCACAUCACCAAUCGGUGGCUUCGACCCUGCUUUCCGCACAUUCAGCGGUGGCGAAUUGCACGCUACUUUUACAUUCGCGACUCGUCCCACAUUCCCAACAUUCUCCGCUUUGAGUACGACGCGGCUGUUCAAGAGUCCGAGCGCAGAGCUCGUGAAGCAGCAAGCAAGGGUCAAUAA